AUGGGCAGGCGUAUUGUUAAUCGUAACAACAAACCGGUGACUCAACUUUUAGUUCUAUGGGAGAAUCUGGAUGAAGCAAAUGACGCUUGGGAAGAUUUUUCAGUUCUCAAGGGCCAAAUUCCAACAUUUGAUCCUUGGGGACAAGGAUCAUCUCAAGGGGCAACACUAUCUCUGCUACUUUCAUUUGACCUCCAUUUCUCCUCACUAAUGCAGAAGGCUAAGAAGCAGAAAGUUGGUUCGGUUGACAGUAAAACAAAUAUCCCUAUGAAAAAAAGAACAAGAACUAUAAAAUCACCUGCUGAGGAAGGAAUUAUAGAGAUUGCAGAAGAAAUUAAUGAAGGGGAGGUUAAAACAAAGGGAGUUGAUAUGCCUAUCAUCUCUGGAUUAACAACAAAGUUCACAAAGACUUUACGGAAUGGGAAAUCUUUUCAGAUAAGGGAUCUUCUGAAAAAUGUAAAUGAUUCAGUCAGCAAUAGAAACAUGGAAACGAAGGAGCAUAAAGUUGGUAUAAGCAAUCAAAAUGGAAAGAGGGGAAAACCACGAAAAUCAGUAGUUACAAGUCCAAAAGCUUUUGUUGCUGGUAAGGAGCAAAAUGGAACUGGAGGUCUUGCUGAUAAAGAAGUUGUAAAAGACUGUAUGAGUAAUGAAGCUGAUUGGUCAAAACAGAAAAGGAUGGAGCUGGCAGCCUCUCAAGAUGCAUUGAGAGGAAGGACGAGUGAUGAUCCCAAAACAAUGGAGGUUCACUUGCCGAGUGCUGGGAUUUCCAACAUGCUGAUGAGGAUCUACCUCUAUCAGCAUGGAUAGGAGCAAUCCACUCUUCAGGUGAUGAAGAUUUACGACUUUCCUGUGGUAAGCAUGUCAAUGAAUGGAAUCAGGGAAGUGGACAGGUUGAUGUUCUGGUAGAAUCUCUUGUUAUGGAUGCCAAAAGUGGAAGCUCGUUGGAUGAAGACCGGAGUUUGCCUUUCUUGAAGAAAUCAUGACUCUGGCGAACAAUUGAAUCUAUGUAUGUCUUCAAAAUUGUGCCCCAAAAGCCACAUUUUCAACCUUCGGCUGAAAACAGAGAGGAGUUUUGUGAAGGAUCAGCAAUUGGUAUCAUGGUAACCUUUGCCAGUUUGUUUGAGAAGAUAUCGACGUUGUGUAUUGAUGAUCCUAGAGAUACAUUUGAUAGCUUUUUUGAAAGUCUUAGUCAUUUGGAAAAACACGGAUUUGAUGUUACAUUGCUUCAAUACCGCUUGAAUAAAGUACUAUCGAUCAAG